AGCGGAUGCCGUCCCUGUCUAGCCCAGCCUGUCUCGCGCUUGGCUCUGCCCGCGCUCCCGCUCCUACAAAUUCUUGCGCUCGACCAUCCCCUCUCCGCCAACUCUCUCGCGCGCACUCAACGAGUGACCCAAGCGUGGCGUCUUAUCUCUCCUCCCACAUACAUGGACCGCUACAGAGUGGCGCCGGCGCGCCCGGUCUUCCUCCCCGUCCCCGGCGCCACCCAGCACCACCCGCACCCCGCGGCUGUGGCCCGGCGCUCGGGCGGCGCCGAGCGGGAGCUCGACAUCUUCACGGCCGAGCGCUACUUCAACGCCGCCGCGGUCCAUGCGGACGAGGACGACCCUCCGCGCCAGCUGGCCGUGGAUGCGGCGGCAAGCCAGAGCGGCCGCACCGCUGCCUCGUCGGAGGCCAGCUGGAACAGCCGCUCCGGGCUGCUAAUCAGCAACCAGUCGUCCUUGGCGGCGGCCAGGCAGCGCGACAAGGGCCAUGGCAGCGGCGCCAACGGCGUCGCCGCCCUGGAUACGAGGGACGACCGGUACCACUACCACCGCGGCGGAAGGAAGCCUGGCACCGGCGGCUUUGGGCAGCGCUGGGGGAUCUUCAGCCGGGACUGCCCCUGCGCCGGCAGGAAGGCCGUCACCGUCGACGUCGCCUCCGAGCCCACCACCCCGAGGGUCCACGCGAGGUUCGACCCCAGCCCCAGGGAGGAAACCGCCGUCUAUAAGGCCAACGGGCUGCCUCCCAACGACGAGCCUGGCGUGAUGAAGAUUUUUACGACAGGGAGCUGCGCGUUCCCGCUUCGCGCCAACGGCAUCCUCGCUCCGGCUCCAGAUCAUGGCACCAGCGCUUCAUUCCCCGCUUUCCCUCCCGACGUUGACCGCCGCGUCGUGAGCUCCGGCGGUUUCACGUUCCCGGUGAUCAGCCCGGCGACGGCGAGGGUCACCGUCGUUGACGAGCCGCCGCGCGAGUCGCUGGAGGUGUUCCGUCCCAUCGACGAGGACUCGGUGGUGCUCGUGGACCCGCCGCCGCCCCUUGCCACGGCCGGCUUUCUGCGCGCGCCGGCGGUCGCAUCGGCCAUGGACGACGACGCGAUGAGUGACGCGAGCUCGGACCUCUUCGACCUGGAGAGCUUCGCGGCGUCAUCAUCGUACCCGACCACGUACCGCGGGCGCAGCAGCCGGCGCAACUCGGGGGACGACGACCUGGCGUACGCCGCCGCCGCCAACGCCGAGCCGGCGCUGAGCGAGUGCAUGUACGCGCCGAGCGAGGCGAGCGUGGUGUGGAGCGUGGCCACGGCCGAGGGCGUGGCCUACGACGCGGGCAGCGUGGCCAACUUCUCCAGCGCGGCGUCCGCUUGCGGCGUCGACGAGUUCCGCUUCGUCCCACCGGGGUCCGCCGCCGGCCACGAUGGCUUCACCGCCGCCAUGUCCCGAAGCGCCGGCCGCAAGAAAGGCGGCGGCGGGUUCUUGGACAGCUGCCGGUGCGAGAAGGCCGUGAGCGUCGGGCCGACCCCGGUCCGUGUGGCCCGCCCGCCGGCGGUCCCGGCCAACAAGACGGCGAUGGGGCUGGAAAGCGGCGGCGUCGCGCGGUACCACAACCGCCGCGUCCACAUGCCGGUGCGGACGUGAUCGAUGCCACUGCUACUACAGAAUUCUCUUGUUUGUUCCAUGACGCGUGCGUGCAUGACUAUGACGUCGUCAGCUACUGUAAAUCUGUAAUUAGUUAGAGUAUAUAUGAGCAAUGAUAUCAUUAUACACUAUUGUGAAGUAAAACGUGCUGCCGCAAAUCUGAUGUAUCGAUCUUUAGUCGUAUGUGCUAUGUGAGCGAUCACUUUCGGAUUGUCGACAGAUCGCACGAUUGAUUGAUAUGAUAAGGUCCAACAACUACUACUA